GGCCACCCACUCUGGUCUGAUGGCUCUCCUUAUAAUCAGACCGACACUGUAAUGUCUCUACUGCCAGCCAGCCAGGCGGACUGCUUUGCCUUUCAGAAGAACGCAACAGGACCAGGAUACUUCCUGACUCCGUUCUUCUGUGAUAUCCCUCUACCCUUCAUCUGCCAAUACCAAACUCCUUCAACCCCUGCAUCCUUUUCAUUCAAUCUGGCUCAGGUGACAGACCAGCAGGUAGAGCUUCGUUGGAGUGACCUUUCGGCUCUCCGCUCUCCUCAUUUUUCAUCCUUUGAGAUAUUCCUCCAGUACAGAGAAAGUGAAAGUGCCCUUCCAGGUCACGACAUGGAAGACGGAUGCAAGGAGUCAGAAGGGGGAAGGGUGAGAAAGAGCCGGCCGAGUUUCGCAAAAACAUUCAGAGUCCCAAUUUCUCUCUCCUCCAGAGAGGUAACUUUGACAGGUUUGUCUCCCGGGAGCAUCUACUUCUUCACCCUUCAGGUCUCCCAGCAUGCUGGCCCCAGCUGGAGCUUGGGACAAACACAGACAGCAUACACGAAACCGCUUCCUCCUCAAAGCAUCACUAUUGGUUCCAUAACAGCCAGUCAGAUUACUGUACACUGGAUGCUUCCGGACACUCCGUGUUCAUCUGAGUGGGAAUUUGCUGUACUUUGUGUAGAUGUGUCCUCGAAACAGGAGAGGGUAGUUAGCAACGUCUCCAGGGUGUUUGAGACCAACAGGAAGUGGUUCUGCACGGCUAUUGUUGGAGGACUUGAGUCCUACACUAAAUACAGAAUUGAAGUUUUCACAAUCACAAAGUUUGGAAUAUGGAGUUGUGGACCAGCACCUCUGACUGUUCGAACUGCGGUAGAGCCUCCUGCUGAUCUGGUGAUGUUUAGCGUGAAUGGCAGCCUGUCAGUUUGCUGGACGGUUCCACCUAGUGAUCCUCCAGAUGCAUAUUAUGUGGCAACCCAGUCGUUUAAUAGUCCUGCUGCAUCCUCGCUGUGGAUAAACGACUCCAGCUCUGGCGGACUCGGGAAAGAUGAAUCCAUUUGUGCUAAUUUGGGCGCCUUUACUCCUGGUCACACAUAUGAAGUGGCAGUCGUUGCCGUGAGGGGAAAUGACAGGAGCGAGAGGUCCAUUAACAUCCACACCACAGCUCCAAUGCCUGUGCAGGUGGCGGUCCCUCUCUCUGUGGGCACAAACUACACACAGCUGUAUGUUCACCCUCCACGGGUGGGGCUGAUUGACGGGGUCAAAGUGUGUGCGUGUCUUGGAGUUUGCAACAGGACAUGUAAAGGAUGGUGUGAAUACGCAUGUGAGUGGCAUGCCCUCCCCGCUGGCAUUUAUAUCGCAACCAUCAGCAGCCUUACUCCAGGAUCAGAGUACCAGCUCAGUGUGUACAGCACCAUGAAAGGCAGGGUGGGACCACCAUUCUACACCCAUCCCAUUAAAACAAGUCUGGCUCCACCCAGCAGAGUGAGGGAAGGAGUGGUGACGGACUCAUCCGUAGAGCUGCUUUGGGACCCAGCACCAGGACAGGGUCAGAGCUACGAGGUCAGCUGCCUCAACUGCGACCACGGCCUAAAGGUGCAGAAGGUUUUCGGUCAGAGUGCAGUGUUUUCUGGUCUGACUCCAGGCUCACUCUAUCGCUUCGCUGUACGAACCGAGAAGGAGUCCUUCACUGACAGUUUGCCUGUUUCAAUCAAUAUCACUGCAGUUCCUGGGCAAGCCGAGGUUUCACUCGUCAAUAAAACAACAUCAUCCAUAUGCAUUAGCUGGAGUGCAGCCAGAGGACUGCUGAGCUCAUUCAUUCUGUCUAUCAGAAACACAACAUCCGUUCAGGAGCUGAUCAUUUCUCGUCAGGAGCGCAGAUCAUACAAUUUCCAAGGCCUUGCUCCUGGCAGCCAGUAUACUGUUGAAUUGAUUACAGCAAACCGGGAGAGAAGAAGUAGAACUUCCACUUUGAUCCUCUAUACUCUGCCAGAGAUGCCCGGUCAGGUGGUUACAUCAGAGCAUCCAGUCACAUCUGUGUUUCUGUCCUGGAGGCCACCAGCAGGACAGGUUGACAAGUACAAGCUCGGCUUUGGUCUGCUGUCCUCGGACAGGAAAUCAUGGACGGAGGUGUUCGUUGAGAGCACAAGUUAUGAGAUCAGAGAAUUGAUCCCGGGGACAGACUAUGGCCUCAGCGUUCAGAGUGUGCUGGGCUCCGAAACCAGCUACGCAGCAAACAGAGAGUUCAGCACGUGGCCUGCUGGAUUGUGCAGCCUUCAUUUGGACAAAGUGGAUUGGUCGUCCUUCUCUGUGAGUUGGAGCGGGGCGCCUGGAGAGUUCGACUUUCACAGAGUAACCGUGGCCAGCGCGUCGCUCACAAGAACACUGGCAAUACCGAAAGAGGAGCGGGUUGCUGUGGUUACAGGCCUGCUGGACGGUUGCAGCUACAACGUGAGUGCCGAGAGAGUGAGAGGAGUGACAGCAGGAAGGGCUGCUUUUCUGACUGUCACCACAGAGGCGAAGCCGGUGAGGGGUGUGCGUUUGGUCGUCGUUUCUGCACGUGCGUUCUCGCUGCGCUGGCUGCAAGCGGAGGGCUGCGUGGAUGUCUACCAAGUCAGCCUGCUGCCAAACCAGGGCACGGUCACAAUUCACCCGGCACACGACGGAUACGUUCGGGCUGACGUGGUGGAUGUUAGCCCUGGGACACAGUACUCUGUGACGGUCUCUGCAGCCUCCUCUUCCAAAAGCAGUCCUGGGGUCAGUCGUAUGAUCACUACCAACGAGAGUGUUCCUGGUCCCCCACAAGGCCUUGAAGGAGAAGCUGUUGGUUCUAAUGGAAUUCUGCUAUCCUGGUCCAUGCAACCCGAUGCAAACAGUAUAGAUGAAUAUGUCAUCAGGUACAAGGAGGUUUGCCCAUACCCCGAUACCUCUUUCACACAGGUGACAAAGUACCUGGAUGUACCAGAGACUCUGAUCACAGACUUCACCUCAGGUUCAACAUACCACAUUCAGGUAGCAGCUGUAUCUCCAGCUGGAAUAGGGCAAUUCAGCAAACCUCUGUACAUAAAGACAUCUGAGUCACCCCCCGGCCUGGUGACCAAUUUGACGGCGUACGCUCAGAACCACACCUUCGUCAUGGUCACCUGGUUCCUGCCGCACCGCAUCAACGGCCUCAUCACCAAGUUUGCUGUCAAAGCCAAACACGCUCGGACGGGGCAGACGGUGCGCAUCCUGGAGGUCGACGCGGAGGAAAUCAUGACGGGGGCCCUCCCUCACUGCAACGAUGCGGCGGAUAUUUUGUCACGAGCCACUCCCAACCCCCUGGAGAUAACCGCGUCGUCUCCGCCCAUCACCCUCUCCGCCGUGCCCCCCGCAGCCUCUUGGAACGUGCCCAUAUCGGUGGGAGUGGAUCAGCUGCGACCUUACACUGCCUAUCUGUUUGAGGUCUCCGGCUUCACCUCGGAUGGAGAGGGACAGGCCGCCUCCACCAUGGUUCGCAUGCCGGAAUCAGCGCCUGAAGAUCCGCCCCAAAGCCUGGCGGUGUUGAACAUGACGUCUAGGUCCAUUUCUGUGUCGUGGAACUCGCCGAGCAUCAUCACCGGGAAGUUCACCUACGUGCUUUACCUUUAUGGACCGACAGGUUUCCUGUAUGACAACAGCACAUGGGACAUGCGUUUCCUCUUUACCGGGUUGGCCCCCUACACAAGGUACAGAGUCGCCGUCCGAGCCAAAGCUGCAGGAGAGGUGGGACCAGCGGCCCAGGAGGUUGUAGUAACACCCGCUGAAGCACCCAGUGCAGUGCAAAACCUGGAGGCGGUGGCUGAGGACUCGGUCUCAAUUCGCGUUAGCUGGAGAAUCCCUGCCCAGCCCAAUGGUCCCAUCACUCAGUACAGACUGCAGGUCCUGGCUGAUGACACUCUGCUGCAGGACAUCACCCUCACCUCCGGGAAUAUAACUGAUUUAUACGAGAUCCAAACCCUUCCUCCAUAUGUCGACAACAGUCUGAGGCGGAGAAAGAGAUCUGAUGAGCUCGGUCCGAUCACGUCUCCGCCAGCUUUCACGGCUACGGUUUCGGCCCGCACUCCGCCCACUGCAAUGACUGCUUCCAGCCUCGCUCGCUCAGAAAGUAGAAGCACCGAUCGCACUGCCAACGCGGAUUUCCUGUCCACCCUCCACCCUGCACCCCUCAAUGAGUCCAGCCCGGGUUAUGAUUCAGAAAGCAUCACUCAGUCUUCUGACGAGGUCGCCUCUAGGACGUCCGUACCGUCUGUGAUUUCUGUGUCACCGAACACGCCUCCGCCCUGGCUCAUAAAGGAGUCACACACAGAGGCGGUGACCUCAGCCGCCUCCGCCUUGGGCCUGACUCCUGGUCAGCUGUGGCUGUCCACGCGUGACGCUUCCGUUACAGGGCGCAUUUCAACACGCAGCGCAGCAGUAACGGGAACCCCAGGUGUUACAGUCAGAGAAGAAGUGGUGGACGUUUUGUCUGAGGAGCUGUCGUACCUGGUGUCCGAUCUGAACCCUUUCACCGAGUACACGUUCAGAGUCAGCGCCUCAACCACUGCAGGAGAGGGACCCGCUGCUGACAUCACUGAGAAGACCAGUGAGCAGGUUCCAAGCUCGGUACUUGAAGUUUCCUAUCAAAAUCUCAGCUCCACGUCAAUUCUAGUGAAUUGGGUCCCACCACUGCAUCCCAAUGGGCGGAUCACGCAUUACAGCGUAUAUGGUAUCAAUCUGCGCAGCAAUCAAGCCCUGAAGUGGGUCACCAACACCACCAGCAUAUUAAUAUCAGACCUGGACAAGUACACUGGCUAUAAGCUGCGCGUAGCUGCAUCCACUGCUGUGGGAGAGAGCUCUCUGUCAGAGGAGGAUGAUGUUUUUGUUUUUACUUUAGAGGACGAGCCCGACUCGCCCCCUGAAAAUCUCUCUGUGGUUGAAACGAGCCCCUCUACGGCGACUCUGACCUGGUCUGCUCCAGAGAAAGCUAACGGAGUGAUCCAGUACUACGAGGUCUUCUAUGAAAACGAGUCCUACUCCGCCGUGACGAACACCACGACCAACAGAGUCACUCUGAUCAGUUUGACGCCGUUCUCAUUUUACAACGUGUCUGUGAGGGCGUACACGCGCUACGGCAAUGGCAACCAGACAUCCGAAACGUUGUACCUGCUGUCUGGAGAAGAUGUUCCAGGCAGUCCCCCGUAUGGACUUUCCUACGAGUCAGUCAGUCCCAGCGAGGUGAACGUGACGUGGUAUGCUCCUCUGCAGCCUAACGGGGUCAUUACUCACUACAGCCUGGAGCUCUGGAACUCCACCCACCACCUCAACCUCACCUCACCCACCGACUUCCUCCACAUCACGCACCUGAGGAAAUACGCUCAGUACCGCGUCGUGGUUCAAGCACACACUCGAGCGGGGCCUGGAAACUACAGCAGCGAGCCACUCAACAUCACCACACUUGAGGAUGUGCCGGGGGACCCGGUUUCGAACCUGACAGCUCAGAUCUUCAGCUCCACGGCCAUCAUCGUGAGCUGGGAUCCUCCCACCGAGCCAAACGGACGUCCCUACUACAUACUCACCUUACAGGAGGCCGGCAUAUUCCCAAACAUGACCAGCCCAGGGACUCCGGCUGUCAACAAGACCAUCAGGCAGAGCACUACAGACAAUGUUUUUCUGUUUACCAAGCUAAGAAAGUAUUUCCCAUAUGUACUGACUGUUACUCCAGCAACUGGUGCUGGGCCUGCCUAUAACCAAACGAGCACCACGUACGUGAGAACAGAUGACGACAUCCCCAGUUCUCCUCCAUUGCUGUUGUCAACUCGAAACCUUUCUUCCUCCUCCAUCGCUGUGGUGUGGCAACGCCCUCUGGAGGCUAAUGGAGAAAUAACCGAGUACACCCUCACUCUGUCUGGACCUGGAGGCACCAACACAACACAGACCGCCAACAGCUCGGUCAUCUUCACUGACUUAGAGUCGUACACGGCGUACAACCUCACCGUCAUAGCCUCAACUCGCAAAGGCGCAGGGCCCAGCCUGCUUGUGCAGCUUCACACCGAUGAAGGCGGCCCCUCUUCCCCUCCCCGUAACCUGACAAUAUACAACCACACAGCAGUUUCCGUGUGGCUGACCUGGGAGCCUCCUCUAGAGCCUAAUGGAGUGGUGAUAAAAUACGGAUUCCGGAUCCAAGACCUCAUCACACAAACCGUCACACAUCGGAAUUCCUCUGGCCCGUCGACUGCGGAGCAUCUGUCAGGCUUCAGGCCUCAUAGCUCCUAUGAGAUCAGUGUGUACAGUUACACCAGCGUGGGCCACGGGAAUCAAUUCAGCAGCCCUGUGACCUUCACGACCAAUGAGUCAGUCUCCGAUGCUGUGGGGAAUCUGUCCUGCUCUGGGUGGAGCUGGGAUUCAGUCAAACUGUCCUGGGAAGUUCCAGCCAACCCAAAUGGACAGAUCCUGUUUUACGAGAUCACAACGCAGAUAGACAUGCAAACCUUCACGCACCAGGCCCACGCACCAGAGUACACAGUGACGGGGCUGUCACCAGACCAGGAGUACGCAUUAACUGUAGCUGCAGUGAACUCUGCAGGACCAGGAGACAGCCUGAACUGCACAGCCUUCACGCUUUCUGAAUCAGUGCCAACUGCCCCUCGCUUCCUCUCCGUCUCCGAGGUCACGGCUACCAAUGUGACACUUCAGUGGGCAUUGCCGGUGUCUGUUCCUGGCCUGCUGAAAAGCUAUCAUGUCGUUGCACAGCUGAUUUCCACUGUUUGCGAACCAAACACGCGAGCCGCUGCCCUGCCAACCCCAGAGGACGACCUGGCCUCGAAUUGUGUGGAGGGCAAUUUUACUGUGUCGGUGAAUGCCUCAGACGGCGCUGAAGAAAGCAGCGUCACCAUCCAAUCCCUGGCUAAAUACAGAUAUUAUGGCUUCAAAGUGGCCGCUGUGACCAACGCCGGAACUGGAGAAUACACGCAGUGGAGUUACGCCCGCACCCUGCCUGGAAACCCUGAUGCUCCUCCUCGCGACCUUAAAGUGACCCCCACCUCCACCAGCCUUCGGAUUGCAUGGGAGGUUCCAGCUGUUCUCUCGGGACCAACCUCCUAUCUAGUGCAGGUGGAUGGCCCCGGGGUGAACAUCUCAAUAGUCCGGGGCCCUGGAGAGAUGACUACCGUCUUUGUGACGAACUUAACAGCUUUCAACCUUUACGCUGUGACUGUCACUGCCUUCACUGGUUCAUUAGAGGAUGCUGGCAGUGAAGGGAAAGCCAUCGGGCCGAUUGUGAUCCAGACGCUGGAGGAAGAGCCGAAAGACCCUCCCAAGAAUGUGACCGUCUCCGCUGUCCCAGAGAAAGUGAACCUGGUCAGGGUGAGCUUCAGUCCCCCCGAAGAGCCUAACGGAAACAUCCUAGCCUAUUACGUCUUUGUAUAUGAGAAGGACCAGCUGGUGAAAAACAUGAGCCUUGAUUACAUCCAAGGAGAACCCAACCUGGACCCAACAGUGGUUGCUGUCAUAGAAGGCCUUAAAGGAGGGCACACCUACAGCAUACAGAUUGCAGCAAGAAACGGGGCGGGCAGGAGCCCACUUAGUCCACAUGUCCAGAUAACCACAGGGAUUAAAGCCCCAUCCAAGCCAACCCAAAGACCCCAAGCAGUGCUGGGCCAAGGAGGGGUUGCCAUGGUAACCCACAGGAGCAUAACCACCCUCAUGCCUGCCUGUUUCUAUAGUGACGACAACGGACCAAUCGCAAAAAUCCAGGUCAUCGUGGCCGAGUCAGGGGUGAGGGACAGCGAGAACCUGACCAACUGGAGGGAAGCCUACUUCCGGCGACCCGCUCCCUACCUCACCGACGCAGGGUUCCCCAACCCAGCAUGCUUAGCGAGGGAAAGGGCGGCAGGCGCUGAUGUGCUCGUCAGAGGCGGUCGUAGCGUGUCUGGAGAUGUCCCGUCGCUCCUGAGGCACAACCACAGCAGUGCAGGAACCUACGUGAUCGGAGAGAGCGACUACUGUUUGGAAGAGAACAACACGGACCAUUUCUGCAACGGGCCUCUGAAACCCAACACUGUCUAUGUGUUUAAAUUCAGAGCCACCAACAUUAAUGGACAAUACACUGACUCUGAAUUCUCAGAGCACAUCAGAACUGCAGCCGACGGACUGCUGACCAAAGAGGAACAAAUUAUCCUGGGUGUUUUGUUGUCCUUCUUUCUGGCUCUGUUACUCAUCCUUCUUAUCUGUUGCUCAGUGAAGAUCCAUCAGCGUAAGAAGGAGGGGGGGACUUAUUCGCCCAGAGAGGCAGAGAUCAUAGAGACAAAGUGCAAAUUAGAUCAGCUAAUCGCUGUAGCAGAUAUGGAGCUGAAACAGGAAAAACUCAAUCGGCUGCUCAGCUACAGGAAGUCGCUCAAGCCUGUCAACAAGAAAUCCUUCCUGCAGCACGUAGAGGAUCUGUGCGCCAACGACAACGCAAAGUUCCAGGAAGAGUUCUCGGACCUCCCAAAGCUGCUGCCAGACCUGGCCACCACAGACGCCGACCUGCCGUGGAAUAAAUCCAAGAACCGCUUCCUCAACAUCAAACCCUACAAUAACAACCGAGUGAAGCUGCUGUCAGAACCGGGCAUAGCCGGAUCCGACUACAUCAACGCAAGUUUUGUCUCGGGCUACUUGUGUCCCAAUGAGUUCAUAGCCACUCAGGGUCCUCUGCCCAGCACCGUGGCGGACUUCUGGAGGAUGAUCUGGGAGACGGGAACCCGCACCGUCGUCAUGCUCACGCAGUGUUACGAGAAGGGCAGGAUCCGGUGUCACAAGUACUGGCCUGAGGACCACAAGCCAAUGACGGUGUUUAGUGACAUCCUCAUCUCUAAAGUGUCAGAGGAAGUGCUUCCCGACUGGACAGUUAGAACACUGAAAGUGGAGAAGCACGGCCACUAUAUUUUAGUCAAACACUUCAACUACACAUCAUGGCCUGAGCACGGCGUCCCAGAAUCCUGCAGCACCUUGAUUAAGUUCGUCAAAGCUGUCCGAGCACAUCGCCAUGACAACUCCACCAUCGUGGUCCACUGCAGUGCGGGUGUGGGAAGAACGGGCGUGUUCGUAGCUCUCGAUCACCUCAUUCAGCACGUCAGGGAUCACGACUUUGUGGAUAUUUAUGGGCUGGUGGCUGAGCUGCGCAGCGAGAGGAUGUGUAUGGUGCAGAAUCUGGCCCAGUACAUCUUUCUCCACCAAAGCACACUGGAACUUCUGAACAACAAAGGGAACAGCCAGUCCAUCUGGUUUGUUAACUACUCCGCUCUGGAAAAGAUGGACUCUCUGGACGCCAUGGAAGGUGACGUUGAGCUGGAAUGGGAAGAGACCACCAUGUAAAUACCCGGACAGGAAGACUAUCUGUAGGAGCGUUCCUGUGACGGAGGGACGCCUCACUGAACCUCCACAUUUAGAAACCCUUAGACGAUCAAUGAAGAAGAACUGGAAGUGAACAAGACUCGGUUGCUCGUCUUCAGACACUUUUCUCUGCCCAGUUCUUACUCGGUUGCACCACUUAUCCACUCAUUUCCAAAGACAGGAUAAGAAACUGUUGGAGGAGCUCUGGUUUUCAGGAAGGACAGAGACAGAAAAGACGGUGUGAGCAAACUGUGAGACCUCUCUCUUAUCUGCACACCUUCAGGUACUUUGCACAAGUCUAUUCCUUUGUUUUGAUUUGUUGUUAUCUGUUUGUUUGUUUUUUUAAAGAUGAUUUAUUCAGCCAAAAUGGUAUUUUUUUAGUCUCUUUGUAUCAUUGCUUGUGUUCAGGUACUGUUUAGCUUUACUCGAGAGUGAUUUGCAAAAAUAAAAAAACGUUUUCUCUUGCCUUGAUACCUGACAGUGAAACUUUCAAAGGGCUUGCUGUCAUCAAACACGGAUUAGCUUUUGAUAUUAGAAUGAAAAAUUAUAAAAUGAAGAACUUGCCAUUGCUGUCUACAAAUAAAUUGGGGGAUUGUGAUGUUUGCUGAGUGCUAAAAGAGGUCGUGAUAUGCUUUGGUCUUUCUUACUUUUUUUCUUCAGAUAGCUGGGCAGAUUUAUUUGAUGUAAGACAUCUAAAAAAUAAUUCAAAAGUCUAGACUAAAAAUUAUUUAUUUCACCCUAAAACUGAGCCUGAAAAAUGUUCUUUUAAGAAACGCACCGCAGGUUUGCUACACAGUCUGUAAAAGUCUAUUUGAAUAAAAUUAUGACGCAUGCAACCAUG